AAAUUGGCUAGCUGAGGAACCGGCCUCGGCACGUGACCGACUGGGCGUCUACACCCCAAUCCGUCUUUGGCCUGCUUCCCAACCCCCUGACGGUCCCGGGGCAGCUGUCAGAGUGGCCAUGGCGUUGCUGCGCGUGCUCGUGUGCUCCCUGCUGGCGGCCUGGCGGGUUCGCCCCGGCCAUGGGCUGCCCUUGGUGCCCGCUGGCCGCCAGGGUCCAGCUCCGGCGGUGGGGCAGUUUUGGCAUGUGACUGACUUACACUUGGACCCUACUUACCACAUUACUGAUGACCGCACUAAGGUGUGCUCUUCAUCCAAAGGCGCAAAUGCCUCCAAUCCUGGCCCUUUUGGGGAUAUUCUCUGUGAUUCUCCAUAUAAACUCAUUUUGUCAGCAUUUGAUUUCAUUAAAAAAUCAAAACAAGAAACAUCUUUCAUGAUAUGGACAGGGGACAGCCCACCUCAUGUUCCAGUACCUGAACUGUCAACAGACAUGGUCAUAAAUGUGAUUGCAAAUAUGACAAUCACGGUCCAGAGUCUCUUCCCAGACCUCCAGGUUUUCCCAGCACUGGGUAAUCAUGACUACUGGCCACAGGAUCAACUGCCUAUAGCCACUAGUAAAGUGUAUGAUGCGGUAGCAAAUCUCUGGGGACCGUGGCUAGAUGAAGAAGCUAUUCUUACUUUAAGGAAAGGUGGCUUUUAUACACAGAAAGCUACAACUAACCUUAGGAUCAUCAGUCUAAACACAAACUUAUACUACAGCCCCAAUGUGGUGACUUUGAACAAGACCGACCCAGCAAAUCAGUUUGAAUGGUUGGAAAAUACACUGAACAACUCACAGAAAAAUGGAGAGAAGGUGUACAUCAUAGCGCAUGUUCCAGUGGGAUAUCUGCCUUUUUCUCGGAGCAUCACAGCCGUGAGAGAAUACUACAACGAGAAAUUGGUAGAUAUUUUCAGAAGAUACAGCGAUGUCAUUGCAGGACAAUUUUAUGGACACACUCACAGGGACAGCAUUAUGAUUCUUUCAGAUAAGAACGGAAGCCCUGUAAAUUCUUUGUUUGUGGCUCCUGCUGUGACCCCAGUGAAGAGUGUUCUAGAAAAAGAGACCAAUAAUCCUGGGAUCAGACUAUUUCAGUAUGAUCUUCAUGACUAUAAAUUGUUGGACAUGUUGCAGUAUUACCUGAACCUGACAGAGGCAAACCUAAAAGAAGAAUCAAACUGGAAGUUGGAGUAUGUCCUGACCCAAACCUAUGACAUUGAAGACUUGCAUCCUAAAAAUUUAUACAGAUUAGCUAAAGAAUUUGCAUCUCUAGAUAGUAAGCAGUUUGUAAAAUACUACAAUUAUUUCUUUGUGAGUUAUGAUAGUAGUGUAGUUUGUGAUAGCACAUGUAAAGCCUUUCAAAUUUGUGCGAUUAUGAAUCUUGAUAGCAUGUCCUAUACAGAGUGCCUCAAACAAUAUUAUACGAAACAUAGGUAGUAGAAUUUCAAUUUGUGUUCUGAGAAAAUAUAACAUGGCGCUGCUUCUUAGAUGAAUUUAUGGAAAUUAUUGUUGAAAUCUUUGUGAAUUGCUCAAUAGGGAAACCUAUUUCCAUAUUUGUUUUCUUUUGGUUCCCAAAGGUAGAUAUUUAUAACAUUCUAAUUAUUUACUGUACUGAACAUGUUUGAACUACCAUGAAGAGAAUGGUGGUUGGGUAUAAAUAUCAUAUUUUAGUUUGUAUUAUUUUAUGAGAAGGUCUUUACAAUGUUAAUGAAAAUAUGUAUUGUAAAAAAGCUAUUCAUGAAUUUCAAAAAUUUUGCAACAAAAUAAACUUGUCCUAAAUCUCAGAUUCCACAAAUAUUUGUAAGUA